AUGGCGGCCGCUUUAAUAUCGAACCCGUACGCUGCUCAGCAAAGCGCACACUACGGAUACGUCCAACCGCCUCAACCGCCUCCUUCGCCCCCGAUGGACGAGACAUCAAAGUGCUCUCUCCCCUCCAUCUCAAAUCUCCUCGGCCUCGCAGACCAGGGCUCUCCCACAUCAGAGACGCACCCUCAGAUCCCUCAACAACAACAACAACAACAGCAACAACAAGGUACGGAACGACACGGACGUCAACAAUCCGCCAGCAGCGGCGCCGCAACACCAAGACUGACCCUCGACACAGCAUCCUCCCAAAAGUCCGAGACGAGACCAAACUCCUCUCACUAUGGCGGCUCGGCGAUGCGGGGUCUCCCCCCGACGCCCCCCAUGAGCUCAGACGCCUCCUUCGACGGCUACAACUCGCCCUCGACGAGAUCCGUCUCCCAGCUCUCCGUCGUCUCCCAGCCUCACAGCAACUACUACUACGAGUCGACGCCUCCCCUGGAAGCCGACGUCCACCGCCCCUCCAUCGUCUCGAGGAUGCCCGUCCAGGCCGCCGCCUACGCCCAGCCCCAACCGUUCCCUCCCGCCGCCUACAUGCCGGCUCACCAGAACCCCAUGGCCGCCGCGUCCUACUACCCUCCCAUGCAGCCCACGCCGCCGCCCCAGGCCCAGAUCUCCGGCCUCUACUACCAGCGGCCCCUCCCGCAGGCCUUCCCGCCCAUGGCCGUCCCCGUCGGCAUGGGCCCGGCCCCCGGCGGCGGCGCCAACCCGUGGCAGCACCACCACUACAUCUCCCCCUCCUCCGCGGCCUCCUUCCCCCAGAGCCAGGACCGCUACAUCUGCCAGACCUGCAACAAGGCCUUCUCCCGCCCGUCCUCCCUCCGCAUCCACUCCCACUCCCACACGGGCGAGAAGCCCUUCAAGUGCCCGCACGCCGGCUGCGGCAAGGCCUUCAGCGUCCGCAGCAACAUGAAGCGUCACGAGCGCGGCUGCCACAACUUCGAGAGCGGCAGCGGCGGCUCCGGAUCGACAAUGUAA